AUUCAAAUAAAUGCUCUAUCAGAGUGCAUUUUCAAUUUCAUACCUUUGAUCAAGUUUGGAGCACAAAUUCAGGUGUCACUCUGCUUAUAUUUCCUACUUCAACAAAGCUUCAACAGGUGGGCGUUUGGCAAAUAUUGGGAUCGGAAUUAAUGAUUCCUAUCUGAACUAGGCGUCUCUGUAUGACAAUAUUUGGAAUACGAUUCAACAGGUGGGCGUUUUUGCAAAUAUUCCGGGCCGGCGGCGUGGCGCCCUCCGGGCAAGGUCGCUCGGCCCCCAGCGACGGCGACCGCCGCUAGCCCCGCCACCAGGAAUCUGGCCUCGCCUCUGUCAGAUCCACGCCCCCAGCUUCCGUCUCCAGCGGGCACCUCGAUGGAAGGCCGCCCCCAACUGCUCUUCCGCGGCAGCACCGGGCGCGCCGAGGCCUAAGAGCGCGGUGCCGAGAGCCGCAGAGACGGACGGCGACGGAGCGAAACGGCACUCACCUACAGGAUACAGGACGGUAAGGUGGCGCCGCAGCUGCCGGCGAGCGGCUCUGUCGUCGCCCCGCAAUGACCGGCGGCCUCCCGACUGGACUCCGGAAAUAGCUUUAUGCCAACUGCGCUGGAUGUGGAGGAUCGCCUCUGCAGGAUCCUGCUCCGGGCACUGGUCAUUGUCGAUGAGGCCAUGGGAUGGCAGAUCACAAACCAAUGCUCCAGCAGCUGGACAUGCUCAGAAAAGCAAUGAACCGAGGUUAUUACAUCCUCGACGCCUUCAGGUACCAAUCUGGCAAGAAAGAGGAGGCCAGAGGUCAUGUCCUGAGUCACACUUUUUCUGAGUCAAAUGUAAAUGCUCUACUAGGUUUGUGAUAUCACGUGUAAAGGCAAAAGGAGUUGCUAGGGUCGAAGAUGAGAUAUCGCGUGUAAGGACUUGGACCAACCUUUCGCACAUGACUUGGACUGGCAGUGAUAUAUGUUUUUAACCUUGGAUUUUAAUUGGAUUUAUCUAUAAGGAUUUGGAUUCUAGUCCAUUGCCACGUCUAUUUGUGCAUUGUAGAUCAACUACCAUUUUGACUCGGGACCUGUAGUGGAAAAGGGUGGUGCAGCAUGUGCCUUCCACUAUGCUGAAGCUGAAGUAAUGGGAAAGGGGCGUUCAUAGAUGGUGAUGGCUAUUGCCUCCGCAUCACUAAGGUUGGAGAAGUCAAGAUGUAUCUUUUUCUCAGUGGCAGGUUUGAGAAGUCAGAAGAUGUACCUUUUCUCAGCAGGUUCCUGUUUUGUUUUUCGAUAUAAAUUCAGCUGGCAGCUUGGUCACAUGCAAAUAAUUAAGUAGCCAUAGGUGGCUUGAACUACUGGAGCGAACUGACUUCGGCCUGCUGCGUUAGAACUCUGCUGCCUUGACUUGACCAAGUCAGAAGGUGUACCAAGUUAGAAUCUGAAACAUUUCGGAUCAACUGGGAAAAACUCUUAGCUCCUCCAAACAACACCUUUAACUUCCCUUGGUUCAUCCACACCCAUAUCCUCAUGAUAAGAGCAAGAGUACAGAAAUGGACACAAUAAUUUCUGUAGUCCUUGGUGAGGUGAUCACUAGAUCCAUAAAAUUCUUCAUCAGCAAAAGCUCCAAGCCGAAGGUGUCAGAUGUCGAGGACAGGCUGCAAAGGGUUCUCCUUCGGGCACAGGUCAUCAUCGACGAGGCUACAGGACGACACAUCACCAACCAAGCUAUGUUGCAGCAGCUGGGCAUGCUGAGAGAUGCCAUGUACCAAGGCAACUACUUAUUUGACAUUUCCAGAUACCAAUCUCAAGAUGUGGAGGACACCAAGGAUCCAGUUGUGAGUUAUUCUCUGUCUCUGUGCAGUGUAAGUUCCCGUAGAGGAAUAUCUCCUUCCAAUAGGAAGACAGAGCUUUUGGAACAAUUGCAACAUGCUGUUGACAAUUUGAGCUCUAUGAUACUUGAUGUGAAAGAACUGGUUGGGUUCUUGAUGAGCUACCCUCGGCUGUACCGCCAGCCUUAUAGCGUGCAUCUGCUGCUGAGCAACUGCAUGUUUGGCCGGCAGAUGGAAUCACAUCUUGUUAUUAGCUUCCUGUUGAAUACAGAACCUCAUGGUUCUGAAGAAUUAGAGGUCCUGCCAAUUUUUGGUCCAUGCCAUGUCGGCAAGAGCACCCUUGUCUCUCAUGUUUGCAAGGAUGAAAGAGUCCGUGAUCAUUUCUCUGAAAUUCUUUUAUUGAGUGGCCAUGAUUUUACAAAUUAUGACCUUCUUACACUCAGAAAAAGAUGUGCAGUAGAACAUCAAAAAAAUGUGUUGAAUACAAACAAAGAUAGGAGGUUGCUUGUUGUUGAAUUAGAUGGUGAUGUUCAUGAAGAUGCUUGGAAUAAGUUGUUCUCUUCUUAUAAACAAUGGGUGCCAAGGCAUAGUAAAAUCAUAGUCACAAGCCGAUCAGGCGAGGUCAUCAAGUUUGGAACAACACCACCUCUACAUCUGAAGUAUCUAUCUCAUGAAGCAUACUGGUAUUUCUUUAAGACACUUACAUUUGGAUGCAUGGACCCCAAGAUGCAACCAAGGUUUGCUCAUGUGGCCAUGGAGAUUGCUAGGUUGCUGAGUGGAUCUUUCAUUUGUGCAAACUACACUGCUUCUUUGUUGAGGAACAACUUUGACAUCCACUUUUGGUGCAAGGUUCUAACGUUCUUAAGGCAGUUCAUCCACGAAAAUAGCUCCAAAUUUGGUCGCCAUCCAUAUGAUCUAAUAAGCCAGAAUAAACCUGUACGGUUUUGGAGAAUGGCCAUACCAUCUGAAGAUGUUGUCCCUUAUGCUCCGUAUCAACGCUCUUCACAUGAGGAGGUCCCAGAUAUAACAAUCCAAGAUGUGUUGUAUGGAAACAGUAAGCUUCAUGGGAAAUUUGAGGUCCUAUCAUGGAGGUCUCAGAUCCCACCUUACUAUAGCUAUGUUCUCUCUUGUGAGAUUCGAAAGAAAAAAACUGCAGGUACCAAGAGGAAGCGUUCUAAAAACUAAAUAAAAGUUGAAACAGAUUUGUUGAAUAUUUUCUGUUGUGGGGCUUAAUUAUGCGGUGAAACAUCUGAGUAUCUUUUGAUAGGGUGUCACAUGCAAGCUAACUGUACUACUGCUAAAGGUUGUAACUGUAUUACUGUUCUAUGAC